AAAAGAGGGAAAUUGAAUAUAAAAGCCAGUUUCUGAGACGUUGUUGCUUACAGAAGUGAAGGAAAAAAGAAGAAGAAUUUGAGAAUUCAAAUCGAUUCGAUCGAAUGGAGGAACCCCAAUCUGCUCAAUCCGCCCAAUCUGGGAAGCUUCUUCGGUAUGCGCUCCGUUCGGGGUCUAAAACGAAGGAGGAGAAGCUGCCGGCGGCGGCCGCUGAACCCUCCUCUAACAAUUCUGCCACCAAGAGGGGAAGGCCUGCAUCAAAUAUGAGUAAAAGUGUGGGGGUUCUUGAUCUCUCUGGCAAGGACAAGCCUGCCAAGCCGACCAGAAGGCUCUCUGUUCCUUCCAAGCCGCCCACUACUCCAGCUCCGAAACUUGGUGGCAACAUCACUCCAAUUUCUGAGGCUAGAUCAAGGAGGUCUGUGAGAAGUGAAUCCCCUGCUUCUUCUGAUGUCUCUAGACCGACAAGCCGGAAGAAGUUCAAUGUUCUGGCCUCACCAUCUUACUGGCUGCAGCAAAUUAAGCUUUCUGAGGCUGCUGCCAAGCACUCGAUUUCACUCGGGUUUUUCAAACUAGCCUUGGAGGCUGGAUGUGAGUCUCUUCAACUGCGCCAGGAGCUAAAAUCUUACAUUGAUCGGUACGAGCUUAGUGACCUUGAAGACCCUCUGAAGGAAUUACUGGAGAGCAAAACUGUUGCAGUAAAUGAGCAGGCUCAGGUCUCUGAAACCUGUUCUCAGGUGCUCGACGAGGGGACUCGGUCUUCUGAUGAUGAUGCCAAGAGCUGCUCUUCUACAAUGGGAAGUGGGAAACUGAAACCCAAGUCAUUCAACACUGAAGCUGCUCAAGUUUCUCCAGUGAAGGCCGCAGCCAAGAAGGAGAUUGCUCCUAAAAGCACUCCGGCAGCCAGGACUAGGGCACCUUCAGCAAAGAGUUCUUCGAAUUCAGGACCCAUAUGUGACAAUGGUGCUCGCGUAUCUACUGUUAAGAAACCCCAGAAGCCGAGUGUGCAAGAUUCUAACAAAGUAAAGGACAGGAAGAAGAAGCAGGGGAAUCAAACUGCAUGUGAACAAGACUCAGUUAACCCUACUCGUGCAGAAGAAGCACUUCAGGAGAACAAAGAAAAUCAGGAUGCUCCCUCGACGGAAGCUAUCAAUGUGACCGAAGCGUAAACAUACAGAAAAUGCCGAUGUCAAUCUCUUGUUCUUGUUGGGUUUGUCUUCAUUUUUUGCUCUGUGGGGAUUUCCUGUGUAAAGGUUUCAGAGGCUCAAUUGUAUUCGUCUGCCGUUGGAUUAAAACCGGGCUUUGUUUGGUUAUUGUGAUACAGUUUGCUGGUGAUGUCUUGUGCUGAACCAAAGUAUUUGUUGGUCAAGUCUGUACUAUUUUCUGGCAUAAUCUUAUACUUUUUUAGGCUAGGCAUUAGUUUGUGAUUUCUGUUCA